AUGAACAAGCAGGUCUUGGGGAGUCUUCUGGCCAUGAUCGCGACCCUGUUGGUGCUCGAGCAGGCCGUGUACAGGUACAAGAAGGCCCACCUCCCCGGUGCCAAAUGGACCAUCCCCCUCAUCGGCAAGUUCAAGGACUCGAUGGAUCCGAGGUUGGAGGGGUACAAGCGGCAGUGGGCGAGUGGAGAGUUGAGCGUGACGAGCGUCUUCAACAUCUUCAUCGUCAUCGCUUCCUCCAACGAGUAUUCGAGAAAGAUCUUGAACUCGCCGACUUAUGCCGAGCCUUGUUUGACUUCGUCGGCCAAGCCCAUCUUGUUGAAGGAGAACUGGGUGUUCUUGCACGGCAAGGUCCACGCCGACUACCGUAAAGCACUCAAUGUCUUGUUCACCAAAAAGGCCCUCUCGAUCUACCUCCCGAUCCAGGAGAACAUCUACCGCAAGUACUUCAAACAGUGGAUGUCGGACCCCACCCCGGAGCCUAAACCUUAUAUGAUGGCCAUGCGAGACCUCAACAUGGAGACCUCGUUGAGGGUGUUUACCGGGAACCACAUGGACGACGCUGCCGCCGCCGAGAUCUCGGACAAGUACUGGUUGAUCACCGUCGCUCUUCAGCUCGUCAACUUCCCCCUCGCGCUUCCGGGGACUAACGUGUACAAUGCCUGUCAGGCCCGAAAGGUCGCCAUGAAACACUUGACCGCCGCCGCCGCCUCUUCUAAGAGGUACAUGGCCGAGGGCAACGAACCUACUUGUUUGCUCGACGCCUGGAUCGGGGAGAUGAUCCAGGCUCGUCAGGGAUCAGGGGAAGAGGAACAACGUCGGGUGCUCUCCCGGGAAUACACCGAUCACGAGAUCGCCAUGGUCGUUCUCUCGUUCCUGUUCGCUUCGCAGGACGCCAUGACCUCGGCCAUCGUCUUCCUAUUCCAGCGCAUGUCUGAGCACCCAGAGAUCUUGGCCAAGGUCAGGGAGGAGCAGUACAGGAUCCGGGGUGGAGAUCUCGAGCAGGCUACUACGUUGGACAUGGUCGACGACAUGGUUUACACUAGGGCGUGUGUCAAAGAGUCGUUGCGUCUGACCCCCCCUGUCAUCAUGGUACCCUACAAGACCCGCAAAGCCUUCAAGCUCGCCGACGAUUACACCGUACCUUCAGGGACCAUGGUCAUCCCCUCGUUCUGGGACUCGACGCAUGACGCUACAUCUUACCCUGAGCCGGACAAGUUUAUCCCGGAACGAUGGAUCCCCAAGGAAGACGGAGAGCAGGUCUUGGCCGACAAGUAUCCUCAGAACUAUAUGGUCUGGGGAAGUGGACCUCACAAGUGUAUCGGUGUGCAAUACGCUUCUAUGCACUUGGCUGCCGUCAUCGGAAGCGCUUCGGUGUUGAUGGAUUGGGAGCACAAGGUGACCCCUGAGAGCUCCGAAACUCAGGUGUUGUGCACUCUCUUCCCCAAGGACGGGCUUCAGCUCAAGUUCACUCCUCGAGCUCCUCCUUCCUAG